AUGACCUCUGGGUCUGGCAUAAUCCAGUGCCCCGUCAAGGGCAUGGAAGCCUCCACCACCGUUGUCACAACUGAAGCUCAUGGACCCCCAGAUCGCCAGAUUGAAAUCACCUACAGCAGUCUGCGGCCAAUCGGACGGGGCACCUUCGGCGCCGUUUAUGCUGCGCGACUGCCAGCCACCAAUGAAACGGUAGCGAUCAAGAAAGUGCUGCAGGACAAGCGUUUCAAGAAUCGGGAAUUGCAAAUAAUGCGUGUACUAUCGCACCAAAAUGUGGUGAAGUUGAAGUACUUUUUCUAUAGCAGCGGCGACCAUAAGGAUCAACUUUUCCUCAACCUGAUCCUAGAAUACGUCCCGGAAACCAUCUACAAAGUGGGAUGCCAUUAUCAACGACAAUCGCUCGCAGUACCUACAAUCUAUGUCAAGCUGUUCCUCUACCAACUAUUCCGCGCAUUAAACUAUAUUCAUGGCAUUGGUUAUUGCCAUCGUGACAUCAAACCACAAAAUCUGCUGAUAUUCCCGGAAACUGGUGUGCUCAAAUUGUGCGAUUUCGGAUCUGCCAAGCAUCUGGUCAAGGGCGAGCCAAAUGUGUCGUAUAUCUGCUCACGAUACUACAGAGCACCGGAGCUUAUCCUCGGCAGUCCUGAUUACACCACGGCCAUUGAUGUCUGGAGCGCGGGAACCGUACUUGGCGAACUGAUUCUUGGCCAGCCGUUGUUCCCCGGAGCCUCGGGCGUUGAUCAGCUUGCCGAAAUUGUUAGGAUCCUUGGCACUCCUUCUACCGAACUUUUGAUUGAGAUGCAUCGACCGUAUGGCGAAUAUCGGUUUCCGCAUAUACCGCCACACCCUUGGGAAACGGUCUUUCGUCACAACGCUACCAAGGAACUGUUGGAUUUGAUUGGGCAGCUCGUUCAAUAUUCUCCGAAGAGCAGGCCACGCGCAAUUGUCGCCUCCAACCAUCCGUAUUUUCACCAGCUUCGGGUUCCAGGCACCAAACUACCAAACGGAAAGCCACUUCCACCGCUAGAGAUGGACCCCACUACUCAAGCAGCUGGAGGAGCUUCUUCU